AUGACAGAAGAGACUAAAAGCGAAUGCCCUGUUGAUCAUUCUGCUAGGGAAGCAUGGAUGAAGAAUAUGUCUCACAGUGGUGAAAACGAUAGCUUGUCGGCGGACAAAUGCCCGCACAAGGGCCCAAAAAGUACUAUCAUAUCAGGAGCUUCGCCAGCCAAGGCUGCCAACGAAUCCUCUUCCGAUGCUUGUCCUGUAAGCCCCGAAGCUCGCGACGUAUGGCUCCAGAAAGUGAGUGCCUCAGAGGUACCAGAGGCUAUUGAGUGCUCGUCCAAAGAGCUUCCCGCGGUCCCACACUAUAAGACAGACGUCAAGCUUCCCACGGAAAGAGAGAUUUCCAGUAUUCCAAGAACCGGCUCUCAUGGGAAUUGGAUAUAUCCUUCAGAGAAGCAGUUUUUCGAGGCCAUGCUGCGCAAAAAGUGGGAUCCCAGCUCGGAGGACAUGAAGACGGUUGUCCCAAUCCAUAACUCCGUCAACGAGAGGGUGUGGAAUUAUAUAAAACUCUGGGAAAAAGGCCAAGAUACUGAAGCGUGUGGUGGUUUACAGCUUACUAGCUUCAGAGGCGACGCCAAAAAGCUGACACCCAGGGCUUGGUUUCGCAGCUCUAUUCUAGGUUACACCAAGCCAUUUGAUCGCCACGACUGGACCGUCAACCGGUGUGGGACACAAGUUGACUACGUGAUCGAUUUUUAUAGCAGUGAAACUGAAGGUGGAGCGGGACCGGGUAUAUACCUAGACGUGCGGCCCAAGCUCAACAGCUUGGAGGGUGUCCGCUUAAGACUCAAAAAGGCACUAGGACUCGAGUGA